AGUUGUUAUUGUUUAUGUCAGACUCUUGAUAGAAGAAGUGACAAAAAACACGAGAACGAACCUGUCGAGUUUCCACAAAAGCGACAACUGUCAGCCCGCAGCUUUUUUACAGGGACGUUAUGAGAUAUAGGAGUAUUGCCCCGACACAUAUGUUAACACGGGGGGUGCUAAACUCAUGGAGCUUCGUAACGGCACACAGGGGAGAAUAACGAGCCUCCGGCGGGGCUGCAAGCGAGCCAAGCCGCCCAGCGCACACAUGAGGCGGGGUGAAGGUAAGGCUCUGCGGCCGCUGCCCGUGGAGACCAACGAGGAUGAGGAGGAGCUCAUGGAGGAAGGCAACUGUUUCUCCACGGGCUUCCUCAAGCAUGACAUUCUCCAUCCCGCAAUGUUCUUCAAGACACCCAGGUAUAGCUUGAUCCGGGAGGUGGGUCGCGGGAGCUACGGUGUGGUGUACGAGGCCGUCGCCCGCAGGUCCGGAGCCCGCGUGGCCGUGAAGAAGCUCCGCUGCGACGCGCCCGAGAAAGUGGAGCUGGCGCUGGCCGAGUUCUGGGCCCUGGCGAGCCUGGAGAAGAAGCACGAGAACGUGGUGCAGCUGGAGGAGUGCGUGCUGCAGAGAAACGGGAUGGCACAGAAAAUGAGCCACGGGAACAAACGAAACAAACAGUAUUUGAGAUUAGUGGAAACCUCACUGAAAGGUGAGCGUAUCUUGGGCUACCCAGAGGAACCGUGUUAUAUUUGGUUUGUUAUGGAGUUCUGCGACGGCGGGGACCUCAACCAGUUCAUCCUCUCCCGGCGGCCCGACCCACGGACUAACCGUAUCUUCAUGAAGCAGAUGACCAGCGCUGUGGCCUUCCUCCAUAAGAACAACAUCGUCCACCGGGACCUCAAACCAGACAACAUUCUCAUCUCGCAGAAAUCCGGCAGUCCGGUGGUCAAGGUCUCCGACUUCGGCCUCAGCAAGGUUUGCGCGGGACUCAGCUGCAUGGAGAACGAAGGCGACAACCAGGUUAACAAAAACAUGGUGAACAUUAACAAAUUCUGGCUAUCGUCAGCAUGCGGGUCUGACUUCUACAUGGCUCCGGAGGUGUGGGAGGGCCACUACACUGCCAAAGCGGACAUUUUUGCGCUCGGGAUCAUCAUUUGGGCCAUGAUCGAACGGAUCACAUUUAUCGACGCCGAGUCCAAGCGAGAGCUCCUCGGCACAUAUAUUCGCCAGGGAACGGAGAUCAUCCCGGUGGGCGAGGCCCUGCUAGAGAACCCAAAGAUGGUCCUGAACAUCCCACAGAAGACCCGGAGCAUCAUGUCUGAAGGCAUCAAGCGGCUUCUGCUGGACAUGUUGGCGGUCAAUCCACAGGACCGACCCGACGCGUCUCAGUUGGAGGUUAGAAUGGAUCAAGUCACAUGUGCGGCGUAAACCAACCCGAUUGGCUGAAACAAGUAUGCAACUUUUUCAGGUUUGCAGAGCAGGAUUGUAAACUGAUGGAAAUGAAAAAGGGACUUUGGAUCCUGGAACUGUGAAUUUCAUUUCGUGACUGCUUCCAAAAAAACAGAAGUGAAAUCAAAUGACUUGACAUCUAGAUCUAAAACCCCUCACAAGGAAAUGCUAUGCAGGGUUUUUUAUUUUAUUGUUAUUAAUACGCUUUUUCUACUCCGGUGCGUUGGAUUCCUCUUGCAAGUCUUCCAAACUGACCAUGCGUUUUUCCUGCUCCGAUCUCAUCAGAAUGAUUUCCCGUGGACCAGAUUUAGACACAUGUCCUCAAACAGACAUAUCCGUUCUGCAUCUCUGUGAAAACUACGUAGCGCAGUAUACAGUAGGUGCGCAGUACAGUACAGUACAGAUGUAAAUAGGUAGAUAUAGAUAAUGCAGCACUAGGAUCCAUUGAAAGUUGUUGAAAUCUCUAGAAUAUUCACAGGAAAACUGAGAAGGAAGUUAUUAUAAAGCUUACGACCUUGAAGACAUUCUGUGAAUGGUAUAAUGUGAAUGACCGGGUACAUAGGGACCUGUCUCUCCUAUAGGUCAAACAACAGAAUCACCUCUGUGCCUUAUUUUUACAGUUUUAGAAACUGUUACUAUUUAAAAAAAAAAAAAAAAAAGUCAUUUUGGUUUAAAAUUAUAGUUUUCUUAACAAAACUUUGCAAAAAUAAUAUAUAUAUAUAUAUAUAUAUUUGUUUGACCGGAUCCGUUAAAUUCAGUUGCAAGUUUUGUCAAAUAAUUGUAUUUUCUUUAAUCCAAAAUAUAUAUUCUUUGUCAAGAGACAGGUCAGAUAUAAGCAAAACGCAGACUAUUCUUCGUACUAAUAGCAUUGAACAGGAGCUUAUUUGAAGUCUAUGUAGACUUCACUGUUGAUGUCGUGUAACUAAUUUGGUGAGGGAUCAAAUAACGCUUUGGUUUUCAUCUGACAGACUUCACAUUGUUGUAGCAAAAUGUCUUAUUUCCUUUUUGCUCUUCACAUAAAAAAAAAAAAAAUGGACGUUAUUUUCACGUUGUCUGGAAUGUGUUGGUUCCGUUGGAAUGGAACCGUUUGAAUUGUAAGGAAAUGUAGCGCCUCGUGUUCCGUACGGAAUGUUGCAUGAUUCUGUUUCUGUGGGUCACUGUAGCUUGAAUUCUCUUCACCUGAACACACUACCACAUACUUUAGAGAUGUGCCAGAUUUUCGAAAAAAUGUGUUCAGUAUUUGGUUUCAUUAUAAAGACGGAUGUUAACUGGAAUUCUUAACACAUUCAAGGUUAAAGGAACAGGUCCCCUCAAAAUGAAAAUUUGCUGAUAAUCUCACUCACAGGACAUCGUAGAUGAGUUUGUUUUUUCAUCAGAUUUGGAGAAAUGUAGCAUUACACCAGUGUCUCAUCAAUGGAUGCUCUGCAGUGAAUGGGUGCCGUCAGAAUGAGUGUCCAAACAGCUGAUAAAAACAUCACAAUAAUCCAAACUCUUCUACAUUUUGGAUGGCCUGAGGGUGAGAACAUUCUCAGCUAAUGUCUAUUUCUGUUCUAUGUUAUUGGUUUACACACUCCACGUUUCUACCUCACUUUUCCUUCAGUCUUUUGCUCUUUGGGUCUUUUCAGUGGCAGUACUUUUAUUCGUAAUGUUUUAAACGUCUCGGACAGAAUUUGCAUUUCACUUUUUGUUAUAUUGGGAGUUUUAGAACAAGAUGAAUCUUUAAUCAUUUCUUAAGUUCUUUGCAUUUCUCCACAUGAUCUGUUUAUGGAUGGAUAUAGUUCCUGAUAUACCUCCUCUACCAGUGUUUCAGAGACGUUCUUCAGGUUUCUUCACUUAAGGAACUUUUUUUAGCAAAAGAAAAUCCACAAGAAGUUCAUUUGAGGUCUGAAGCGGUUAGGAUCGUACUUUUAAUGCAACUCACCAUGAAAUACCCCAAAAAAGCAACUCCUAGGCUCGCAGUAAGGUCAUGUUUGUUGUCCCUCAGGUGUUCACUGAAAAAUGUUUGCAGGUCAAACAAACACGAGGAAUAUUUAACAGUCCAUUUUCUCUCCGUUCUAACAGAGAUGCGCACAUUGACCAAUCACUACAGACACAACUGUUAUCUUUCUACUGAUUUGUUUUCUUUCUAUCGGAGUUUCACCGAUUAUUUUGAGAUUACAGAUAUUUUAUUGUACAAAUGACGUUUUAUUGUUAAAACUUGCAAAGCAGUCUUUCUUAAAUGUAUGUAACAAUGUUGUUUUGAAGAAAUAAAGAAAUAGAAAUAAAUAUUUCUUGAUUGUUAUGUA